GUUUGCUGUUUUAGAUUAGUUGGAGAUCGCAUCGAAAGAAAGAGAGAGAGAGAGAGAGAGCCUCGACUUGUAACCUGACUUUUCACGGUGAUUGUGAGAAACACUUUUAUCAGAGCUGUAACGUCUCGCUGUGAACGCGGCGGAUGCCUCUCUUUCCUUCGGAGGAUCGCGCUCGAGUUCAAGCCGUCACGGAUCCAGGGCUUUAGUCCCGGGCAGAGGGUGAGACUGCGGGAUGGAGAUGGAGCGCUACCUGGGCUCUCCGCCCAACACCACCAACACCACGGCCACCCCGGGGUCGGCCCUCGGCUCGGAGCUGCUGAUGGAGCGCCUGGCCGUGGUGGCUCUGCUGGCGCUGCUGACGCUGCUGACAGCCGUGGUGAACGCCGCUGUCAUCGCAGCCAUCUGCACCACCAAGAAGCUCCACCUCCCAGCAAACUACCUCAUCUGCUCCCUGGCCUUCACUGACUUCCUGGUGGCCGUGCUGGUGAUGCCCAUCAGCAUCCUCUACAUCACCACCGAGGCCUGGCUGCUGGGGCCGUUCGUGUGCGAGGCCUGGCUGAGCGUCGACAUGACCUGCUGCACCUGCUCCAUCCUGCACCUGUGCGUGAUCGCGCUCGACCGCUACUGGGCCAUCACCAAAGCCAUCGAGUACGCCCGCAAGAGGACGGCCCGGCGCGCCGGCGUCAUGGUGGCCACCGUCUGGCUCAUCUCCAUCUUCAUCUCCAUUCCGCCUCUGUUCUGGAGGAAGCGCGUGGACGAGGCCGGCCCGCAGCAGUGCAUCAUCGAGCACGAUCACGUGGGCUACACCAUCUACUCCACAUUCGGUGCUUUCUACAUCCCCAUGACUCUCAUCCUCAUCCUGUACUCGCGGAUAUACAGCGCCGCCAAGACGCUGUACCAGAAGCGCGGCUCCUCUCGGCACCUCAGCAGCCGAAGCACCGACAGCACCAACUCGCUGAACCACUGCCGCGUCACGCACGCCUUCUGCGUCUCGGACGUGUCCACCUCGGACCACACCGCCGAAUUCGAGCGCAACCACGCCUCCGUCCGCCUGCCGCCGGAGCCGCCGGAGCUGGACGAGAGGAACCAGAUCUGCACGUCCCGGGAGAGGAAGGCAGCCCGGAUUCUGGGGCUCAUCCUGGGAGCCUUUAUCCUGUGCUGGCUCCCGUUCUUCCUGAAAGAGCUGCUGGUGGGCUUGAAUGUGCCCAGCCCCUCGCCUCAGGUGUCCGACGCGCUCACCUGGCUGGGAUACAUCAACUCACUCAUUAACCCGCUGCUGUACACCAGCUUCAACGAGGACUUCAAGCAGGCUUUCAAGAGACUCUUCAGGCGGAAGGAGCACACAUAAGCCUCUUUCACACAUGCAGACUGUACUGGAAAAUUACCGGGAAAUUGCGUACAAAGAUCACGUGUGAACAGCAGAGGUCACGUUAAACAAACAUUUUCCGGCAUUGGUGGAAUUUUUUUAGCAGUAAUGGAAAAAUCUGAAGGCGUCCGUCGCUUUGACAGAUCACACUGAGGCUUGUGACUGUAAUUCCCAGCUUUGUCCCGUUCCUGGUGAGUGCGGGAUCAUCAGCUCCAGGAAUAAAACGACUUUAGAUUAGGCGAGUAUCUAGUGGUGAAGAGAAAGAGAUGAUCAGUUCACAUUCGCUGCCGCUUCGCUUGAUCUGAGGUGUCUACAGCAAUCUAUCACGCCACAUUAAAGAGUGCUAAAACAGCUUUUAUUGCUUGAAUUCCCUAAUAAAAUGGGCAGAAUCUGAAAUCUGAGAAUUUCUUUUAUAUCAAAAGUAACAAAACACAAAGCUUAGCCCAUUGCGAUUUAUUGGAUGUGAAGCACACUAUAUUUAUGGUUUAUUCAUCAUCUAAAAACAGUGGGAUUUAAGAUUCAAUAUUGGUUCGUAAAAAUGAUAAUCUAUUCAAAUUUACCCAGGCCUUGUAUAUUUUGUUGUCGUCAGUGGCAGGUUAUCACUGCAGUAUUGAACAUGAAAAGUGGCGCACAGUUUCUGUUCUCAUCACAGAUAAAUAAAGGCAUUAGUCUAUAUGCUAGUCCCAUAGAUUCAAUAUGAAAAUACAAAUACAGAUGUAAACAAAAAUACAAGCAAUGAAAUGUGUUGUAAUUAAAAAUGACAGGUAAUAAUAAAAUAUGAUGUAAUUUUCACGCCCCUGUUAGUCAAAAUGAGGGAAAUCUUAAAGUCUAACACAUGCUCCGGUGAACGGGCACUUCUUGAAAAAUCCUCUACAUUUGUUUAAAUUCGUAACAUUAGUAUUAAUGGCUGGAGUGAAGCUGUGUGUGAACGCAGAAUAAAGAUUACUGGUACGAGCGUGACUGAGUAAGGCUAUAGACACGCAGCGGUUCAAGGGCAGCGGCUUCGUUGGGUUCAGCUCCAUCUGAGCUGGGUUCUGGGUUCAUACGUCUUAAAGUCUACAAGCGGUGUGGAAGACACAUGACGUGGGGAGAGAGAGAGUAUCACCUGAUUACUGAGCAAUGAUGGCUUGACAAGUGUACCAAUGUACUUCCUGUUCAAACACGAGGUUGGCGGGACACAUCCUAAGGGCUCGUCUUCUGCUUUUUUGUGCAACCAAUGGGUUUCAGGUCAUGAUCACGUUUAAAUCUGCUUUUCAGGAACAGAAAAAUUACAAUAAAACUCGUAAUGCUAGUAAACUACAGUACCUUAACAGAACUUGAUUGACUUUGUUUCUUUAUUAAUAAUUUGAGAUGAGUUGAACCGUUUGGAUUAUAUGCAGAGCCGUUGGGUCCGUGGGACAAACCCUCACAAAAGUCAUUGUCUAGAAGCGUUUCAUCAGUAUGUGAAGUAUUACAAGCACUUCAGUCAAAUAAUUCAUCCUCCUACGCAUACGUUUUAAAAAAUCAACAAGCUAGAAACCUUUCAGUCCCUAGAAUUAAGACAACAGAUCUUUAUUUAAGGACACAGAAGUGUGUGUUUAAGUCCACUAUACUGUAUGUUUGUAUCGCUCAUACCUCAGACACAUCAUUAAACUCCCGUACGAUGAGCCGUCUUCAGAGCAGUGUUCUCUUCAUGUUCCCAUCAUGCACUGCGGCUCAAACGGAUCAGGAUAAUCAUUGAUUGAUUUACUGUUUCUGUACUGUUUCAUUGCAGUGAUUGCGUCUGUUGUUCUUUUGAGGUACAACACGUACGCUCCGAAGAAAAGCUACAAAAUCUGUCCCUGGGGCAGUAUCCUGUCAAGACGCACACGUCUGUACCUCAUUUACCCCCAA